UCUUUUAUAAAUAAAAUUGAUGUAAAAUGAAUAGAAAAAAAAUUAAAAAGAAAACUAUAAUAAUAGAAUAUGAGUCUGAUUCCGAUAGUGAAUCACACAAUGUCAGUGAAAAAACGCGAGAACAGGUAAUACUGAGUCAUGUGCCCAAUAAUCCUAUUGAAGAGGUUGCAACUACAGUGGAACGGGCACAACAGCAAUCAUUUUCUACUAAUGUACACAUAGAGCCAAUGAAUAGUAAUACAACAAAUUACAGUCAGAAGCAAUUCCAUUCCCUGCCAAAUAAUGUAAACAGAAAGACGUUUGAAUCAACCGGAACUAGAAAAAGUCAGACGCAAAUACAAUCCUUACCAAGUGAUGUAAAUGGAAAGACGAUUGAAACAGCCACAGCUAGUACAAGUCGUCAGGCGCAAAUAAAAUCAAUAUUAAGUGAUGUAUGUAGAAAGUGGACUGAGACAGCUGCAGCUAGUACAAGUCGUCAAGCGCAAAUACAAACCAUACCAAGUGAUGUAAAUAGAAAGACGAUUGAAACAGCCAAAGCUAGUACAAGUCGUCAAGCGCAAAUACACUCCAUACCAAGUGAUGUAAAUGGAAAGACGAUUGAAACAGCCACAGCUAGUACAAGUCGUCAGGCGCAAAUACAAUCAAUAUUAAGUGAUGUAUGUAGAAAGUGGACUGAGACAGCUGCAGCUAGUACAAGUCGUCAAGCGCAAAUACAAACCAUACCAAGUGAUGUAAAUAGAAAGACGAUUGAGAUAGCUGAAGCAAGUGCAAGUCGUCAGGCGCAAAUACACUCCAUACCAAGUGAUGUAAAAAGAAACACGAUUGAGACAGCUGCAGCUAGUACAAGUCAUCAGAUGAAAAUACAAUCAUUAUUAAGUGAUAUAAGUAGAAAGUGGACUGAGACAGCUGCAGCUAGUACAAGUCGUCAAGCGCAAAUACAAACCAUACCAAGUGAUGUAAAUAGAAAGACGAUUGAAACAGCUGAAGCUAGUGCAAGUCGUCAGGCGCAAAUACAAUCCAUACCAAAGAAUGUAAACAGAAACACGUUUGAAACAGCUGCAGCUAGUACAAGUCGUCAAGCGCAAAUACAAACCAUACCAAGUGAUGUAAAUAGAAAGACGAUUGAGAUAGCUGAAGCAAGUGCAAGUCGUCAGGCGCAAAUACAAUCCAUACCAAAUAAUGUAAGCAGAAACACGUUUGAAACAGCCGGAACUAGUAAAAGUCAGAAGCAAAUACAAUCCUUACCAAGUGAUGUAAAUGGAAAAACGAUAGAAACAGCCACAGCUAGUACAAGUCGUCAGGCGCAAAUACAAUCCAUACCAAAGAAUGUAAACAGAAACAUGUUUGAAACAGCUGCAGCUAGUACAAGUCGUCAGAUGCAAAUACACUCCAUACCGAAUGAUGUAAGUAGACAGACGAUAGAAACAGCCACAGCUAGUACAAGUCGUCAGGUGCAAAUACACUCCAUGCCGAUUGAUUUAAGUAGACAGACGAUAGAAACAGCCACAGCUAGUACAAGUCGUCAAGCGCAAAUACAAAACAUACCAGGUGAUGUAAAUAGAAAGACGAUUGAAACAGCUGAAGCUAGUGCAAGUCGUCAGGCGCAAAUACAAUCCGUACCAAAUAAUGUUAGAAGAAACACGUUUGAAACAGCUGGAACUAGGAUAAGUCAGGUGCAAAUACAAUCCGUACCGAGUAGGCAGACGAUUGAGAGAGCUACAGCUAGUACAAGUUGUCAAGCGCAAAUGCCAUCCAUAUCAAGUGAUUUAAGUUGGAAAAUGAAUGAGGCAGCCUUAAAUAAUAAACUUCAGGCGCUUAAGGCAGGCUUAACUUGUAAAAUUCAGACGCUGCACAAAUCCAAACUAAAUGAUAUAAACAAAAAGGCGAUGGAGACAGCCUUUAUUAGUAAAUUUCAGGGGCAAACACAAUAUAUACAAAUUGAUAUACACGGAAAGCCUAUUGAUACAGUCGUAACUACGACAAGACCAAAUCAAUUAAAAUCAUUAUUAACUGAUGCAAAACCAUUAGAGACAACUUCAAUGUCUACAAAUUGUUCGGAUGUGCAAUCCACUUCAAUUGAAGUAAAUAAAAAGAUAAGUAGGACAACUGAUAUUAAAACGAGCGUAGGAGAAGAAAAAUCCACUCACGAUGACUUCACAACUCAGUCGCAAUUAUCCACAGUAAGCAAUGUGCCUAAUAAUUAUUUAGAUUGUUUGUUAACAGAGUUUGGCCACACUGGUUUUCGUACCAUACAAUGGACAAUAAUCAAUUCUAUAUUAAAUGAAAGUAGAGAUAUUUGUGCUAUUGUUGCAACAGGUUAUGGAAAGUCAUUAACAUACCAAUUUCCAGCUAUUUACUCUAACAAAAUUAGUCUUGUUGUCUCGCCGCUCAUAUCAUUAAUGCAGGAUCAAGUCACUGCAUUGAAUUUAAUACGUGAGCGUUCUUGUUUGCUAGGAUCCGCACAAACUGACAAAACUAUUGUCUCACGCGUACUAGCUUCGAAUUUUAAUGUUAUUUACACAACACCUGAAUAUAUUACCACCGAAUUUGGUUUGAGUCUUUUGCGCUCGUUAAGUAAUAAAUUAGUGCUAAUUGCUGUCGAUGAAGCGCACUGCAUCUCCGAAUGGGGUCAUGACUUUCGCCAUAAAUAUCGUGAACUUAAACAGAUGCGCCUUGCUGUACCACAUGUACCAAUACUGGCUUUAACUGCGACAGCAACAUUAUCAGUGCGUCAAGAUAUCAGUUCACAGCUAGGCUUAAGAAAUCCUUUAGUUUUAUGUAGUGGUUUUGACCGCCCAAAUCUGGAAUUUAUAGUGCGUGCAAAAUCAAAUAGGACAGAGGAUAUUUGGUCUGACUUGGGGAUUUAUAUAAGGUGGGCAGAAGAAAAACAGGGUUCUGUCAUAAUUUAUUGUAAUACUCGUCGUUAUUGUGAAAAAGUCGUCACAGAGUUGCAAAAGUAUAUAAAUUGUCGAUAUUAUCAUAGUAGUCUCACCCUCACACAGAGAAAUAAAAAUCAUCAUGACUUUUCUUCUGAUGAAAUACGUGUCAUUGUUGCAACAAUGGCUUUCGGAAUGGGCAUUGAUAAACCUAAUGUACGUUUAGUUGUUCAUUACGGUAUGCCCAGAAAUAUGGAACGCUAUUAUCAAGAGGUUGGACGAGCUGGGCGUGAUGGACUUCAAGCUAAAUGUGUUUUAUUUUAUUGUAAUUCAGAUUUUACGACUCAUCAACGUUUCGGAACUGGUUGCAGCAUUCUCAAGAGUAAUCAUAUGGAAAAUCUUUUUAUAAAAAUGAUUUCAUAUACGCGCAUAACGACUUGUCGUCGUAAAUUUAUUUUAGAAUAUUUUGCUGACAAAACACAAACUCUACAAAAUAGACGUAACUGUUGUGACAAUUGUAAUAGAACUAUUAAUGGAGUAAAUUAUGGAAAUGUAUAUGAUGGUUUAGAUGAAGAAGGCAAAUUGAAUAUUACACGUGAUGCUGAAAUAUUGUUACAGCUUUUACGUGAUUUGGGUGGACGUUUUGGUGUUAAUAAAGUUUUACUUAUAUUACGUGGCUCAAAUAGUAAAGUACUUUCCGCUUCAUAUAAGAAACAUACUCUAUUUGGCAAAGGUGCCGGAAAAUCAGAAGCCUGGUACAAAACAGUUAUUGAUAAUUUAAAGAGUCAAGAUUUUAUAUAUUAUAUAAAAAAAAACUAUAUGUUUGGUGUAUUUAAUCUGUUAAAUAUAACAGAGAAAUCGGAAAAGUGGUUAGAUACGAUGCCUGAAUAUCGAAGUCCUAUAACAAUUGAACCAUAUGCAGAAGUUCUGAAAUAUCUUAAGCCAAUUGCAUAUAGUAUUAACAAUAAUGAAAUAAAUAAUCAUCUUACAUCUCAACUCACAUCUACAAAACAACCUCAAGAUGAAAAUAUAAAAACUGAGCUAAUGAAAGCUUUGCUAAGAUUACGCAUAAAAUUAGCUGGUGAUCUCAACGUAAUGCCAUACAUAAUUGCAUCUGAAAAAGCUUUAAAUAAGAUUGUCGAAUGUGCACCAAAAGAUUUUACACAGCUCAAGGCUUGUAAAUUAGAUGGAUUUUACGAAGCCAAAUAUGAUCGUUUUGGAUUUGAAAUAUUGGAAUGCGUUAGAAAAUUCACUGACAACGAACAGAUUAAUAUGAAUUUAAAUGAAAAAGCGAUUAAUGUCGAUGAUGAAAAACUUGUGGAAUGUGAAAUAAAUACUAAAGAGAAACCUCUUGAUAUAGACAGUUUUGUAACCCCUCCUUUAACUAUGCAGCAAACUUCAGCACAACUCAAUGAAAAUAUUAUACAUAAAAAUAGUUUCAAAAAUGAAGAUCUCGAAACUAUAUAUCUAACAAAAAGUGAUGCUGCAUUAGUUUGUGAAACUAUUAUUAAAGAAGAACCUCUGUUACAGGAGGUUUGUGACAUUAAAACAGAAUCUUUUAAUAAAACGCAAACUUCAACACAAUUUAAUAAAAUUGUCACGACUCAUGAUAAUAAUUCCAAAAAUAAAAUUCAAAACAUAGUUUUACCUGACAGUAUACAUACUUCACUAAUUAAUGAAAGUAUUAUUAAAAAAGAACCUAAAGACAUUUGUGACAUUAACACGGAGAUUUUUACUAUGUCACAAUCUCCGGUUAUGAAUAAUGAAAAUGACUUAGCGCAAAAUAAUAAAUCCAAAAUGAAACGAAAAAAAUCUAUUGAUCUUUGGAGUAGUGAUGAGAAUAUUGAUGAUGAUUUAAUACAAGUAAGUUCGACAGCGGAAAAGGAAACUCAAGACUUUUGUGACAUUAAAACGGAGAUUUUUACUAUGUCACAAUCUCCAGUCAUGAAUAAUGAAAAUGACAUAGCGCAAAAUUAUAAUUCCAAAAUGAAACGAAAGAACUCUCGAGAUCUUUGGAGUAGUGAUGAGAAUAUUGAUGAUGAUUUAAUACAAGCAAGUUCGACAGCGGAAAAGGAAACUCAAGAGUUUUGUGACAUUAAAACGGAGAUUUUUACUAUGUCACAAUCUCCAGUCAUAAAUAAUGAAAAUGACAUAGCGCAAAAUUAUAAUUCCAAAAUGAAACGAAAGAAAUCUAUUGAUCUUUGGAGUAGUGAUGAGAAUAUUGAUGAUGAUUUAAUACACGCAAGUGCGACAGCGGAAAAACAAUUAUGUUGUUUAAAGGAGGAUGAAACUGACUGUGAAUUAGAUUUACUUAUAAAUGAUUUAGUAGAAAUAAGAAAUAAUGUGAAAAGUGCAAAAAUUUCUGAAGCAAACAAACCAAAAUUACUUCCAAUUAAUAAGCGAAAAGAGAUUGUGUACAUUGAUUGCACUAGUUCAGAAGAUGAAGAACAUAAUGUGGUAAAGCCAAUAAACAAUUCAAAUCCCUCAUCUGGAAAAAAACGUAUAUUGCCUUCAUGGAUGUUAGAGAAGUGAUUUGAUUC